UCAACAAUCUUGACCAGGAAGGUGAAAAAGAAGGCGAGAUGCAUAACUCAUAAAUCUUGUGGUUUUAGAGGAAGAAACGACCAAACAAAUCUCUCAUACACACAAACCUCCGAUCUUUCUAAUCUCUCUAAAAUGAAUCGAGCUACUUACAAUCUCGCCUCUCUCGCUCUCUCCCGUUCUUUUCUCGCCGGCGGUCACUCCGCCGCCGUCAUCCGUCCACGUCUCCUCCUCACCGCCAGAUUACUCUCCUCCUCCGCCACUCCGGAGGUGUCGCCUCCGUCGACGAAUCGGCUUAAGCCGUCAAUUGCAGUCUCCGGCGGUAUUAUCGCCGGCGCCGGAGUGGCAUCGUAUCUUGAAGAGCAAGUUUAUGCGAAGGAGAUGCCUUUGUCGCCGGAGAAGAUGCCGAAGGAGGUUGUGUUGUAUCAGUAUGAAGCUUGUCCGUUCUGUAACAAAGUUAAAGCUUUCAUGGACUACUAUGAUAUGCCCUACAAAAUUGUGGAAGUGAAUCCACUUAGCAAAAAGGAAAUCAAAUGGUCCGACUAUAAGAAGGUGCCUAUUUUAGUGGUGGAUGGUCAACAGAUGAAUGAUUCAUCAGCGAUUAUUGAUAAGUUGGAUAGCAUGAUUAAUUCUGAGAAAUCUGCUGAACAAGUCCCGGAUAAUGAUGAAGAGAAGCAGUGGAGAAGUUGGGUAGAUAAUCAUCUCGUUCAUAUGCUAUCACCUAACAUCUACCGUACUACUUCAGAGGCUUUGGAAUCCUUUGAUUACAUUACAAGCAAUGGAAAUUUCAGCUUCACUGAAAAAUACACUGUAAAAUAUGCGGGUGCUGCUGCCAUGUAUUUUGUAUCCAAGAAUUUGAAGAAAAAGUAUAACAUUACUGAUGAACGUGCAUCCCUAUAUGAAGCUGCUGAACAGUGGGUGAAUGCACUGAAUGGUCGUGAAUUUCUUGGGGGGACCAAGCCUAAUUUGGCUGAUCUUGCUGUCUUUGGGGUUCUGAGACCAAUUCGUUACCUGAGAUCCGGUAUUGACAUGGUGGAGAAUACACAAAUCGGCGAUUGGUAUGCAAGAAUGGAGAGUGUUGUGGGUGGAUCUUCAAGGAUCAUGACUUAAGACUGCGGGACAUUUGUGGAACUUUUAGCGACUAUAAUUGAAGACUAAUAUUUAUUUAGCAAUACUUGCCCACUUUUUGAUAUAUACGGUUAUGGUCACCCAAUCACAUAUUGUGAAGCGUAUAAAUUGGCCAAAUGUUUUUUUACUAUUCCUCAGGGACUCUUGCUAGCGGUAGAUUAGUCCAAUUUUAUGCUACAGAAUCUAUUUUCUGGACGCAAAUUCCCUGAAUAAACAUUGUGAUACCAGAUACAUGUCUGUUGCCUUUGAGAAGAAUGAUGUAAACAGCAACAAUUUUUUGUUAUCAGAUGAUUAUUGUUAAUUUUGAGA